AUGUAUGCAACUAAGGGUAGCUGGGCUGGACGAACAUUUGCCCUAGCUAACAGCAAUGACUCAGUGGGGAAGAAAUCAAGAAUUCGACGGUCAAAAGAAGAACGGAAGGCAUUGGCUGAAUCUUUCAUUAAGAAAUAUCAGAAAUUAAACAAUGGAAAUUUUCCGUCCCUCAAUCUUGCGCACAAAGAAGUUGGUGGAUCCUUCUACACAGUUCGAGAGAUUGUUCGAGAGAUUAUUCAAGAAAAUAGAGUGUUGGGUCCACCCAAAUUCUCUUCAGAAGAACCUAACAAUCAAGAAUUUCUGGAACAACACCCGCUAGGAUCCAUUUCUAUGGAAACUCAAAUCGAGUCAUCCGUAUCAGGUAGCAUUGAUGUGGUGACUCAUAUUGUGCCCCCAGGACCAGGUAAUCAAAUUUCGAAUGAAGAAAACAUUUAUACUUCCAAUGAGCAGUUAAAUGGAUCUUUCCCCUUCGAGUUGGAUAAUGAACAAAUAAAAGGAUCAAGCGUGGUGGCUGAAAAUGACGAAGGCAUUGAUAGAACUAGCAAAAGUCAUCACGGACUUGAUUAUUACCUGGUAAAUAAUGAUGAGAAGAUUGUGAAUGGGGUUGGGGUACUUGAGGAAAGUUCACAUGUUGAUAAACCAGUCAUAAUAGAUAUCGACCGUGAAGAUAAUAAUGAUAGUGCUCUUUCUUCUAGCCAGAAGGUUAAUGGACAUGGGAGUGAAAUACUUACUAAUGAGCACUAUAAUAAGAAUGACGAGGCAGUUGAUAAAAAUGAAGAGUUUGUGGAAAGAAUUAAUGCAAAGUCUGCUGCUAUCGAGGUUCUGGAUACAGAGAGAUGUCGAGCCCAAGAUGUGGAAAUGUUCGAAGCUGUAAAUUCUCUUGUAAACUCUAAUGUUGUUGUUGAGACAUUUCCAUUAAGGCCGGUGCCUAAGGUGGUUGAUGACAUGGAUGAGAAAACACCGGUAAAUCUUCAGAGUUCGAUUUUGGAAGGUUCUGUGUCAGUUGGGGUUGAUAAAGGUGGUGAGAUAGCAGAGCUUGUAUCUGGUGAUGCCUUUCUCAAUGAAACUACGAAGGUUUCAACUAAAGGCGCGAUUUCCGAAAAAUCCACUUUAGCGGAAAGCAAAGCUAGUGAUGAAGAUAGUAGCAGUUACCCCAAUGGAAAGAAUCCAACACUGAACAGAAUAAAUCUUGGAACUUGGGAAGGGACAUCAAAGAAAUCUUCCCAGCCUGAAAGAAAUCCACUCCUGGCCAUUGUGAAGGCAUUCUUCUCUUCUUUUGUGAAAUUUUGGACUGAGUAG